GCACAUGAUACAGAAAAUGGUUUUAUUCAGUUUGUACUGAUUUCUACGUACAAAUUGUAUUUAUUUUAAUUGAAUUUUAGCGAGUAUUAUUUUAAACAAGUUAUGGCAUAUUGAAAUUUAUAGAAAUGCUUCAAAUUGUUCAAUUGUGUUUCUUGUUGAUUUUUAGUUUUUAUUUGUGUCAGUGCUUCGAGGAUGCUUGGUAUUCGUACCAAAAUUCUGUAAAAAAUGCGAAUAGAGAAGAGCUUGUCAUAAAAAAUAUAACAGCCGAGAGAAAUUAUACAGUUGAAAGGAAUGUAACGAGAUGGAAAAGCUUAACAAUUGGACCAACUUGUUAUUCUGUUGGCUUGUUCGAUACAGGAUUGAAUAUUCUAAUCACAGAUUUGGAUCGCAACCGAACUGGAUUUGAUAUUGACGGUCCUGGAGAAAUAGAUUUGAAAGAUGAACCUUCUGAUGUGAUUAUUUUCCAAAAUCGGAUCAACGGUCAGUCUGAAGCAGUUUUAGUUGUAUCAUUUGCUCAAAACUCGAAUCUCUUAUGGAUCAGGUUAACACCCGAUAAAAUG